AGUUAGACGUAUACUGUAGUUGUUCAUUUUUGGUGCAAGUCGAGCCGACGACGCUACGACGGUAACCAAGGAACUAUAAAGGUAAAAAAGUGUCCGUCAAAAUGAUCGUCACCACAGCACUGCGAUGGGCUUGCUGUUUGAUCAUCGUGGCUAUACGAGGGCUUGAUGGACUCGACAAUGGGCUCGCACUCACACCACCGAUGGGGUGGCUUGCGUGGCAGCGUUACAGGUGCAUCACAGAUUGCGAAACGUACCCCGACGAAUGUGUCAACGAACAAUUGUUUAUGAGAGCAGCGGAUUUAUUAGUUAGCGAAGGCUACUCUGAAUUGGGUUAUAAUUAUGUCAUAGUGGACGACUGUUGGUUGGCCAAGAACAGAUCGGCGGAUGGAAAAUUAGAAGCCGACAAAAUAAGGUUCCCAAGUGGUAUUAAAGCCUUAUCAGACUAUGUACAUUCUAAAGGUCUUAAGUUUGGAUUAUAUGAAGACUGGGGUACUAAGACAUGUGCAGGAUAUCCUGGAGUAUUGGGUCAUGAAGAGUUGGAUGCUAAGACAUUUGCAGAAUGGGAUGUUGACUACGUCAAACUAGAUGGAUGUUAUUCAAACGUUAGACACAUGGAUAAAGGCUAUCCUGAAUUCGGAAGACAUUUAAAUAACACUGGAAGACCAAUGGUAUAUUCUUGUAGUUGGCCAGCUUAUCAAGAAGAAAAGGGAAUGUUAAUUGACUAUGCAUCAAUGGCUAAACACUGUAAUCUUUGGCGUAACUAUGAUGAUAUUGAUGACUCGUGGGAAAGUAUGAUCAAAAUAGCAGAUUAUUUUGCACAAAAACAAGAAUUUUGGGCAAAAUACGCUGGACCUGGACACUGGAAUGAUCCAGACAUGCUUUUAAUUGGUAAUUUUGGAUUAACAUAUGAUCAAAGUAAAACACAAAUGGCUAUUUGGGCAAUACUAGCUGCUCCAUUAUUGAUGUCAAAUAAAUUAACAGAAGUGCACCCACAAUUUAAAGAAAUUUUACAAAACAAAGAAGUUAUUGAAGUCAAUCAAGACAAACUUGGUAUACAAGGCACUAGAGUGUUUAGAGAUAAAGGUAUUGAUAUUUGGACUAGACCAGUUGAACCUUUUAAUAAUGGAUACCAUUCGUAUGCUGUAGCAUUUGUAAGCCGCCGUGUUGACGGUGCUCCUUAUCCGUACAAUAUAACAUUGGAAGAUUUAGGUCUCAAAAAUCCUAAUGGUUAUUCACUUAUUAACCUUUUUGGAAAAGAAAAAAGUCCAUCCUCUUGUAUUUAUAAAUCAAGCGAUCCAGUAAAAGUUCGAGUAAUUCCUUCAGGAGUGGUUUUCUUGCGAAUGAACAUAGAAAAUUCAAACAAACCAUGUUCAGAUAAUAGCAAGAGUCAGUUUUUCAAGUGAUAAACAAGAAUAUCCCAAGGCAAUAUAAAUAAAUAAUACAUUUUAGAUUGUAAAGUUUAUAUUUUUUAAAUAUUAUUUAUUUAAUAACUUGUUGGCUAACAAAAAAUAUGCCUUAGAUUUUGCUCAAUAAUAUAAAACAAAUUACAAAUUCUUAAGAUACAUUAUAA